AUGUCCGCAACUAUGUGCACCACCGCGUCUUUCGCACCGUCGUCUUUAUUGUCUAGCAGAUUUUCGAACGGUACGGUUUCGUUUGCGUGCCUUUUAAGUUCCAGAGCAUCUGCUUUCCAAACGUCCACCACCACCACGAAAAAACCAGUGUCCGGUUUUCAAUUCCACAUCGAAGCCAAGCAAAACAAAGUCGCUCGAACGCUCCUCACCCAAAAGGAACGCACGUACAACAAGGCGCGAAAGUCGGAAAUCGCCACGCGCAUCAAAAAAGUCCGAACGUUAGCCGAAAUAUUGUUACCGGCCGCGACGGAAGACAACGUCGCGGAGUUGGAGAAGUUAAUCAGCGAAGCGACGAAGAGUGUCGACAAGGCGGUUUCGAAAGGCGUUUUGCAUAAGAAUACCGGCGCGAGACGAAAGUCGAGAAUGGCGAGGUGCAAACAAGCCGUGUUGAAGGCGAAUAACUUGAUGACGUACAAUUAA